GAUCACCAGUAAAUGCAGUUACCGGUUAUCAGCUGCACUUUCCUCAGGUGGGCGGAGCUAGUGGGCGCACUGCUGGGCACAGGUGGGCGGAACUUGCGGGUGGCACUGCUGGGCACCGAUCAUCAGGGCACUGAUCAUCAGUGCCCUGAUGAUCGGUGCCGAUCCCCGCUCUGACAACUGCCGGUUCUCGGCAGUACUUUCCUCACGAUCUGACAGCGUGAGGAAAGUGCAGCCGAGAACCAGCACUUGCAUUUCCCUCUGAUCAGCGUGUCAUUGGACACCGCUGAUCACGUG